UAUAUAGUUGAGGUGGAUUUAAGCAAAUGAGCAAGAAAACUACUACUCGGAGAAAAGAACGCAUUGUCCUGAACACACAACGAAUAAGAUUUGUUCGUUCUUUAGUCAGAGUCACAGAGAAUAGUAUAGUUUGAAUCUCACGCUUCAACCCGUGUCUGAAACUCAACUAACCAUGAGAUUCAGAUAACCGUGUUGGUUUUUUCACCCUUCAGCAACAAAUGGCAUUGGUAGCUGCUCAACGCACCUACCUCAUCUUCACCGUUGUUCUACUUUCGUCGUCGUAUAUCAGCUUAGCAACACCUACCACAGCUUGUCAAUUCACUUUUCUCGACGGAAACAAACUUUACAAUUAUACCCUCUCCUCUCCCAUUCGUAACUUCCCUCACGGCAUUCUCAGCGAAGACGGGUUUUAUAAAGUGUCAGUGAACGAGACCACCCUUUGGUUUCAGCUUUGCGAUGGAAUGAUUUUCAAUCAUGACCCUCCAACAUGUGCUGACUGCUGGGAUUGUGGAGGGCCAACACGUUGUGGGAUGGAUUGCAGUGCACUCGUGGCAAACAACAUUGGAGGUUACCAUGUAUGCACAGGCAUAGGACGUGGCCCAAAAGUUGUCGUUGAUGUCAUUGACAAGAAAAAUCCCCACACUGGUGUCAUUGUUAAAAUGUCAAGCAGUAGUCUUAAGUACAACUGUUCUUUGGCUGUGUCCGUGCUUUGCAAUUUAAAUGGAGUACAAGGACCACAAGCCCUGCAGAGAUUAGGUGACUGUAAUUACGCUACAGAGAUGAAGCAUCCAUCUGGUUGUGCUAUGGUUGUGAAUGUCCAUGGGAAUGGGUUGGGGUGGUUUGGCACUUUACUUAUUAUUAUUCUGUGCCUCUUUGUCGUGUAUCUACUGGCUGGUAUUGUUUACCGAUUUUUCUUCCUCAAGAUCCGUGGUAUAGAAGUCAUCCCUAACUUGGACUUCUGGAUCAGCUUGCCUAGGAAAACACAGGGCCUGUGCUCAUCUUUGGUGAGGAAGUUUAAGGGACCAUCUGAAGGUCACCGGACCUCCUAUUCUCCUGUGAACUUCUGAGAGACUGAGACUACAUUUUUUAUUCUGGAUUUAUCUGGUGAGUUCAUCAUGGAAUCAGACAAGAGACGAGCAUGCUGCAGAAAAGGGCAUUUCAGAUGCCCUACUGGUUAGCUCCGAUGCUUCCUUGAUAUGGAACAUUCUGCACAAAUUUGUAUUUCUUGUUGACUCUCCUUCCAUGAAUUUAGCGUUUCACAGUUUUAUCUAUUUCUCUGAAAGAAAAAGAUGAGGAGAAGGAAGAGAAAGAAAAAUAUAAAACAAGUCUAGUAUGAUUCAAGAGAAAAAUGCAUUAUACUGGAGCUAAUCCAAUAAUUUUGGUUGACAUUUGUUAGUAGAUAAUCAGGUAGUUGAGUAAACUUAUUUUCUUGUAACUUAUUUGAUAUGUUGACCAUUAAUUCAGUAUUGUUUUUCGAUUUUUCUCUAC